ACCAGUCCCUCUCCUCUGUCAGCGGAAACUCCAAUCGAUAUCUUACCCAGAGUCUUCUUGUUUUCUUCUAAAAUAGAUCAAUUUCUUUCUUCUGUUGACGAUUAAAGCAGCAUUUCUUCAAGGAGGGACGUUUGGACAAGGUUUUGCUUUAAUAUUUUCGAGGCGAUUAGAUGUAAAAAUAGAGAUCUGCAGUAGCAGGGUAACAUCAAAUUGUUCCAAAAUGGUGGAUGUGUUACUCUGCUCAACUUAUGAUGAUCAGAAGCGCGACUUUGUGUUUGACUUCAAAGAUAGUGGAAAGAUUCAGAGACUUACUGUACCAAUACCAAUUCCUAUGAAAGUUACUGCAAAGGAAUUUGUCCAAAGAUUGAUCCAUUUUCACAACCUGCCUUGCUACCUUGAAUCAGGUGAGGGGUACUGGGGAAGGUUUGGGGCGGGGGGUUGUGGGGGUGGGGCUGGUAGGGGAAUGAGAGGGUGUUUCCAGCUGAAAAAGCAGGGGUAUAUUUCAUAUCUUUCGACUACAGGGUGAGUAACUGUAAAGAGUCAUAUGCUCCAUUUAUAGUUAACUCAGAAUUAAUAGAGCUAACCAUGGACCUUGUCUAAACAGUCCCAGUAGUAGAGACUUUUAGAUUCUAAGAUGAGAACAAGUACAACUAUGUGAUUUUCUCAAUUCUAAGAAGUGCUUGUGUGUGAACCCCCAACGUCUUGAAAUAUUGAGAAGUGAUAGGGAAGGGAUGAUAGAUGACAUCAUAUCGCAUGGUAUAUGACGUCAUUUGUGCAAAAAAUACUCGUUGACCCGAUCGUCAGGAAAUUACGAUGUUUCACAUUAUUGCAUAUAUUGCAAAGGUAUAAUAUACCAUACCAAAGUUUAUGAAGAAACGUUCGAUGUUAACAAUAAAAUAGCUCAAACAACGCAAAGUUUAUUGUUGGAAAGUUGGUGAAUAUCCGGGUAAUUUCAUACUCUAAUCUGGAGAACAGGAGAUACGGUCCAAAAUCUGGAGUCUCCCGGAUUAUCCAGGAGAGUUGACAGCACUGAAUGUGAUAGCCAUCAUCACUCGUUACCGGCACUUCCAAGAAACAGGCCUUAGGAGUUUAUACAACUCUGCCCCAGUUGUGCAAAGGCUCAAAUGUCUUUGUGAUUGGAAACAAUGGUUUUCAACUCUGACUCAUUAUCUUUUACAAGAUUAUUCUUAGAUCUCACUAUAGCAAUUUGUAAUAAGAUCACAUCCAUCUAUCAUAGUGUUCCUCAGUUACUUGUAGAUUCAUGAAAUAAACAAGUAUAUGAUUAUAUAUAUGGUAUUGGUUUUUGUUGUGGUGCUAACAUACACGGGGUAUGUAUGUUUCCUAACAUGUCUAGUCUAGUAAGAGAAUGUAUUUGCUAAUAUUAAAUAACUCCCUUUGGAAAACUGGCCAACUGGAAUUCUUUUGCUCCAUUCUCUUCUAGAACUGACAAAAACUUUGGAUGAGUUUCACCAGUCAUCUUAUCAAGAACUCCAUGACAAAAUGGCAUGUACAGCUCUUGAACAAAUGAAACAGUCAUCGCAGUAUGCAAGUGAUUAUGUGACAUCAUGGACAAAUGCCUUCACUCAGGAGCACUGCAGCUACAGUUCUGUUAGUGAUAAGAGUGAGGAGACUGUAUUCUCCGAGAUGUACAAGUCUUUGAUUCAUUCAUCUGCCCUUGAAACUCUUUUGCAGCUUGAGAACACUUAUGCUUUGGCAAUGGAUGAUGCUGUCACAAAAAAGGAGAGUGCAAUAAAAACCAUGGAAGAAAAGUAUGUUAUAGAACCCUUUCAUUAAUGCUUCCCAAAAACUGAAAACCAAGUCGAUUGCAAAUCAUGGUUGUAUGUAUUCCAUAAAAAGUACUCUUUAAUCAAAUCUUAUCUUUGUAAGGCAAUUUGGUGGAGAAAAUUUAAUAACAAAAAUUGUAAAUCAUUCCCAAAGUUAUUGGCAAUAAAAUAUUAUUAUUUGUCUCUUAAGAAAUUACAGGGUUAAUUUCAUAAGAGAAUAUUAUUUUAAUAACAGUUAUAUGUUUGUUUCGUAAUGUAGGGAAAUCUAGUUACUAUACAUUAACAUGGAACAUGUAAUUUUACUUCUAGAAUAAUUCAUUUCAUUACUAUAGCUGACACGUGUUUUUGCUACUCUUUCAAUUAAGGCAACAACAAGAAAUGGAAGACUCCAUUAACAACCUUGGCCUUGUCACUACUGACAAAGACGUCAAUGAUCUGGCAGCCAGACACUGUGAAGAUGCACAAGUUAGUCAGAUUUUUGUUACAAACUCUGUUGAGAUCUCCUUGGUCAGAGUUCUUUCUUGUAGACACCCACCCUCUCUUGAUAUAAAUUUUAUGUACCUAAGUAAACAGUUUUAUUUUUAUUUUCCCUCAUGCCAGCUGAAUCAAGAGAGAUUUUUGUCUGUGUCAAGAGCCUAAAGUUAGUGCUAAGGUUUUUAUGUACAUAAUUUCAUGGAAGAUACUUUUUCAUAGAUGCUCGAGACAUACUGGUCCAGUGAGCUGUCACAACUUCAGGAGCUACAAAAAAGAGAGUACCGAGAAUGGGUGACAAAAGUUCAUGAAGACGUGGUUCGUGUCACCUCAGGUUUGCCACUUCUCUUUUAUGGUUUAAUCAUCUGCACUAUUUUCAUGGUUAUAAAGGUGAAAGAAACUCUUAGCCUGUCAAACCAGAGCCUGCCAGAACUCUGGCUUUUUCAAAUAGCUAACUUUCCCAGGGAUUUUAGGGUCAUAAGUUUCUCUGUCCUGGAGAUGUUAUGUGCUCAAGCAGAAAAUGAUAAUGACAAUGAUGAUUUUCAUUAUCAAAAUGUUUAAUAUAAUAAACUUAUGAUUACUUUUCACAGAUCCGUCAUCAACCUCUGAUUCAUUUACAAUUGGCAAGUGAGUAUUUUUUACCUUAACUGUGAAAUUAAGUCAACGGACACUCUCACAUUGUUCCCUAAGUAGCCAUGUCACACACUUGAGCAGGCAUUCAGAUCAGGCAAUUAUGUGACAAAAAUGAUGUUGUCACACAGCAAAUGAAUGUAAUUGCUGAAAUUUAAUUUUGAAAUUGUAUAAUCAAUUAAAUUAGGUUUCAGAGUGAGAGUUAGCGAACAUUAUGGGCCAAUUUCCUCCUCAUCAAUCCUCAAAAGUUUCAAAUCAUCCCUUAGGGAAUUUUACUGGAGUCACCAGUUCGAGUCUGAAAACUUUAAAAUCCUCCACUGGUUUAAGAGGGGUAUAAAAAGGCAGUCUAUAUCUGGUGACAACAGUUGUCUCUCAACUGAGACAGGGAGUGAUAUAAGCUGGUCAGAAAUUUGGAACAAUCAUUUGAGGUCAAUAGAAAGCUCUGUUUUAACCUGCAAAAAUGGUAUGGAUUAAAUUUAUACAGGAGUCGCAGUCCAUCUGUGCAGAGCAUACCAGUGAAUGAAUUUUCAAGCAGUGAACAUGAAUUUAGGCUUGAGGAAAGUUUUACUGUUCUUCUUGGUAAGUACAAUACAAGCCUCUCCUAGGUGUUCAGUCUUUUGCUACCACAAUCCACAUCAGGCAAUCUGAAAUACUUUUAUGAACAGUACCCAAUAACCAGAAAGUCAAACAAAUACAUGAUGUAGUUUGAGGUUCAUAUUGAGACAAUCAAAGUGUUCAAGUUCCCUUUUUUUGUCAUGAUUAAAAGCUGAUUUUGUUGGUGAGACAAUAACAGUGGGUCUAUAAAUUUCCAUUUUUCUGUAGAAGUGCAUCUAAUAACACAAUGCUCACAGGUUCUGAAGGCGAUACGAAAACAGAUAAAGAGUACAAUGUUUUUUAAUAAUUUAGUAAAUUAUAUUAUUAUAUAUCUCAAAAGUGAUGUAAUUUUGGGAAAGUACACUGUCCUGUACCUAAUAUCCUAUCAUCUUUGAGUGCAUUUUUUGCAAUUAUCCUUUAGACCACACACCAAAAAAACAUACUAUGAUAUGAUAUCUGUUUCUAUGGCAGGAGCCCAAAAGAAAACAACACACAAUCUUCGAUUGAUCUGCGGCAAUGUUCUUGACCUGUGCAAGCACAAGACAAGGCCUGGAGGGUAAAAACUUCUCAAUAACCAUGAUUCUCUAUAGUUGUUGUUUGCAAUGAAAACUCAGAUUUUAACUUUUAUUCUUAAUAAUAGGAAAAAGAAACCAAAAGAAAUCCCUAGCUGUUUAAUUCCCUUGUUUUGUUGUAUUUAUCCGGUAACUUGAAAUUUUAGUGACAUCCCUAAACUUGUUCAAAGCUUUUUAUUGAUUAUUGUUGCUGCCUGCUGUGAUUAGCCUGUGCCAUUUGUUAGUAGUGUCAAUCAAGGAAGGUUUCUCUAAUUUAUGGUGUUUUAGUGAACUGUAAACUUACCUUUGUUUAGUAGUUAGCUAUAGUGUGUCAAUUUCCAUUUGUAAACUGCUCAGAUGUUAUUAUUAAUGUUGUUGUUUGUUGUUGAAAUCAAGGAUAAAAAUGAACCACCAGACACAAACAGAAAAUAAAUUGUUUUUUGAUUUAGAUCAGUGUUGUCACAGCCUCACAGAAUACAGACAGCUUUGUCACUCUACUCCGAAACACUGUCAGGAUUAGUUCUGUUGGUGGAGGAUCGCAUUAACACAUACUCAGGAAUUAUGAAACGUAAGAUAUUAAAUCAAUGCAUGGUUUUUACAUUUUACAUUUAUGUUGUAGUUAACUUUUUAUCUCAGGUAAUUUUUAUUUUUCCUUUGUUUCAACUUCAUUAGCUACAUUAGCAUACCCAAAACAAAAGAAAAACAAAAAUUACCAGAGAUAAAAAAUUAACUGCAACAUAUAUUCUGUUGCUUUUGUCUGUUAUAUUUAUUACUAUAAGCGUAUAAUAAGCAUCCACAAUGCACAAUUCCCACAUUUAGACAGUAAAUAAAAAGAGACAUCAUUAACAACAUUUUCUUUUUCCUUGGUGACAGUGGCAUGACUGCCAAUUGAUGAUUUUAAAUGAAUAAAUGGCUUUACUGUACCUCAAGAUGCUUUCAAACCCUCAGUGCACAUUAUCCUCAUCAUAAAGUGAAUGCAGCAUUUAAUUGUUGCUUUUUCAGAUUUUUCCAAGAUCUGUCAGCAAUCUGGAACAGAAUUUCAUUUUCCUGAUCUUGACAAACAGCUUUGUAUCAUUCAACAAAAUUUUGAAAAGAGAGAGCACACAAAAUCCACAUCCAGCAACCAACCGCAACAACAACAACCUGCAGCUGAUGUGGCUCUACGACCAAUAACUCUCAAUACAGGUUAGUUUAGUUCACAAUGAGUAGCCUAACGUCAGCCCUAACCUGUGAUCAGACCCCAUGUUCACUAAUUUUCUUACAUUCUCUUUGGUAAUUGCCUUUACCAAACAAAAAUAGAGCCUUAUAUUAGGCUAAUUCAGCCCCAGGCCUUGAAGUGCAAUGGACUGUGUUAGUCAGGAGCAAGGAGCCCAAAGGCUGCUUAUUCAGUCUCAUUAUUCAGUAUAAUUAUGGCAUGGAAGUCUUAGCAUACAUGGAACUUGUGCAAAGCCAAGCAAUAUGCAAUAAUAUUGCAAGAUAAACAAUGUUAGGGAUAGUAACAAUAACUGCAUUACAUUAUACUACUAACGGUAGAUAGUGAUCGUUUUGGAAUUAUUUUGUAAUAAAUAUAUAAAAGAACAUUUUUUUCUCGAGGGAAAAUUUUAAUCUCGUGGCUCUCAAACCUGUGUGAAGUGCUUGUAGUGUACCCCUAUUUAGUGGAAACCAGAUCAUGAUCUCUUGAUUUUUUUUUCAUUGUUUCAUGAUUAUAAAAUGUUCAUUAUUGUCAUAUCUAGGAGAAAUUUAUAUCACACGACACUCAAACCUGGCUGAAGUACAUGUGGUUUUUCACUUGGUGGUUGAUGAUAGUUUGAAAGCGUCCAACAUCAGCACCAGGAAUCCUGUGAUUGUGGGUUUACGGAAUGCAUUACACACAGCUGUCAGACACAGUAUCACCACUAUUACUAUCCCACUACUAUUAUUUCAUGAGAUGACCGAGGUUAGUUUGCCUGUGCAUGUAUUUUCUCACACCUAAUUCACAUGUUCAUAUAGACCAUCAUGGAUCUUGUCAGUUUACCCACAAAACUUUGCAUAACUAUUGUCAAUAAUUUCUCCUGGGCAUUACAAUCAUUGCAAGAGAAAUAGACGACAAUGGUUAUACAAAAUUUGAAGGGGGUACAUUAUGGUUUACCUGACCAUAACGCACCCCCUCCAAAUUUUUUUACCCAACUGGAACACGGCAUUUUCACAUGGUUACACAAUUUCAGUAUUAAAAAGAUAAAUUUGAUUUUUUUUCUCUCAGGAGAUGACUGUGUCCUGGUGUAUGAAAAGGGCAGAGCUGAUAUUAAAAUGCGUCAAAGGUAACGACAAGCCACUAGAAUGUAAACGUGAACAGAAAAUUGGGAACAUACGUCACAUAGUAACGAUCAUUUGGCCACUUUUGAAGCGAGAAGGAAACUGGGUCAAGUUAACUUUUGCAAAGACUUCUGGAACUAUUGCUGGUGACCGGAAAAAAAUUGGCCAAUAGGUGACUUGCAGGUCUCAAGUGACGAUCCCAAAAGUCUUUGCGAAAGUUAGCUCAGUCCAGUUUCCUUUUGGUUUCUACAAGUGCCAAAUUGUAAGCAUCAAGAGAGAAUAACCCAUAUUAAAGGGUGGUUUUGAUUUGUUUGAACAGGCCGAAAAGGUUGAACUUGAUCCGACACAGUGAUCGAACUGAUCCAACAUGUUGCAUCAACCAUGUCAGAUGAAGAACGAUACAGAAAGAUGGCGAAUUUUAAGCCCAGUAGUGAUGAAAAAGGUGUAAUAAACUUACUUCCAUGUUACGUUCAUGCAGGAACAAAGAAAAAACCCUUAGUUCCUGGCAGGAUUCGAAUCUAUGAACUCCCAUACACCUGGUGGGAGCUUUAUUCGCACCGAUGUUCCCGCGAUGAAACGCCGUGAAUUGCCUUUUGACCAGGAACGGUCUCUUUAAAAGGUUAUCGUCGUGGAACUGAUUAUAUGAAAGGUGGCGGUAUUAGUUAAAGUCUCGUCAAGUUGCUCUAGUUAAAAUAACACUUCUGAUAUCAUUUUACAUAGUACUACUGAAAUGUUUGAAAUCAGGUCCAUGCUAACGCCUUCAAUUAACUUCUCUAGUUCUGAAUAGGUGAAUGGUUAUUCCAACUAGGGGUUGUUGAAUCUGUUCUUUGUAUAUGUUACUACUGAUGCAGGUUUUAUGAUGGAGUGUAGCAAUUGGAGUGGAUCAGAGUCACUUAACUUGCAGUUCAUGGUACCUAAGGUUGGUACCCUUUAAAUUGGCAGAACUUAUGUAUGCCUAAUAGGGCAGUUAAUAUUGGUCCGAACUGGCUGGCCAGACCUGUCCAGUCAUAUUCAUGGUCUUUUCGCCCGAAAGUCCAUUCGCCCGAUGGUGUUCGUCAGGACUUACGUCGAUUCGCCCGAUGACUUACAACACUCUACAGCAUGGUGAACAUACUUCUCCUAGAUGUAAUUUUAGUUAACCUUGGAUUCGAUAUUUGCAGUCACUGUCUUUCCAUCCUUAUUCCUUUUUUCAUAGAAAAAUAGACAAAUACACUUCGGGCGAAUCGACCUGACACCAUAUGGAGAAUUCAUUGUAACUCUGGACUAUCCGACCGAAUCAGUCUAUUCCUAAACAGUUUGCACGGCAUUGACGGUUUUCUAUCGAAAACUCUCGUAAAAAGCCCAUUAAAGUUUUCAAAAACAGUAUAGCCGGCCAAUUCUGGUAACCACCCUCAGUGUCAACGUAAAGAGUGUCAGCCUCGUUAUAAUUUUUAGGUCCCUUGUUCUCUUUUAGUUGUACUUAUGAUUCGCCAGAAAAGGUGAUUAUAACUUUUGUGGCUCUAGUUAACAGAGACUAUGUAAGAGAAAGCUUUUCAACAAUAGGUCCUUCAAAACUUUGCAAAAUAAAAGUUUCGUGUGCUAUUGUAUUUGUUUCAGUCUUGGGUCACUUACCGUUUUUGAGAUGACUGAAUUGACGAGUGAGGAUUACUUUUAUUGUAAUUAUUUCAAUCGCAUCGGUAAUAGCACAGAUGUUAAAGUGAAUGUUUGUACAACCAGAAGUCGGCCGGGGGAUUCUUUUUCCUUGGGCAAGACAAGACAAGACCGGACAGGACAGGGGCCACAGGCAACACAGGUUCCACACUAAAAGGGACACAGGAGACACAGGGGCACAGGGGACACAGGGGCCACAGGUUCCACAGGAAACACCGGGGCACAGGGGAAACAGGGGAUACGGGCCACUGAACAUAAAUGGGCGCUGUCCGUAUUAUUGUUUAAUUACUGUUUCUUGUUUCCCUGGAAUAGACUGCGCAGAAUCUUAAAAACUUUUCAGCAAUGUAGCUGGGCAGCAGACCAUUUAAUGCCUUAAGAACUAUCUUUGCCUUUAGUUUCGCAAUUGCUCUUGAAAUGGGUGAAUGUUAAGAUCGCUGAGUAGAGCCGUAUAAGGAGCGUCUCGCGGAGCAUCCAUAAUUAUUCUAGCAGCGCGCUUCUGAAGGCGGAGCAUAGUAUUAGAAUGACCAAUGAAGCUGUCACCCUAUACGCAGGCAGCGUAAUCCAACACAGCCUGCACCAGAGCAUUGUACAAGACAGCCCUUUCACGGGAUGUAAGAAAUCGUUUCGAACGCUUGAGAAGACCAAGUCUCUUACAGAUUUUCUUACUGGUAUUGUCCCUUUCACUUUCAGGGUAUAUCCGAAGAAAUGUUUCACUCGUUCAGUCAAGUACUUUCUGGCAUCUUUCGCGUAUCCAACCCUUUAGACCUUACUUCAGCAGCCAACAGAUGACAUCACCUUUUGUGGUGGCAACUGCUGUCAAAUCACAAGACUUGGCCACAGGACUACCAACUGGCCAGAGGAUUGACUUGUUAUGCGUUUGCAUGGUAAUCAACUUACUUGCCGGUUGGUAUCAAAGAAUGCCAACUGUAUAACCUAAUACACAGCGACAAGACCCUGUGGCCAGGUUAAACGGCUGAAUGACAACUGGAUGUAUCAUGUUGUAAUGUUACAGGAUCGCUACUCUCUUUUCGUGGUGAGGAGGGUGGGCUCAUUUCCCUGAACAGCAGCUGGUGAUCGAGGUGAAUGAUGCCAUGCUCCAAGAACAUUUGACGACAAAAAUAUGCAAGUUAGCCUUUGUACAUAGUCUUCUUUUCCUUAAAAUCUUCUGAACACAGGCUAAGGAAACAUUUUUUUGUUCUUUGUUAAAAUAUGUAAGUUGGGUUGUAGGUUGUUUUUUUCCUGGUGACAAAAAUUCUAUAGACAAUAAUAAAAAUUUAUAAAUACAUUGCUCACCAUGAAUGUCGUAAUAAUCAAGUAGAAAUGCAAUUCCAUUCAUAAAAUCUUAAGGAUUUUCAUUCGACGAUAUAUUACGCUUUACUAUCGACUUUUUAUAUGUUCUAUUUCUGUAUGUUGUGUUCGCAUGUGCAUUGUGGUCGUGGAAUAAAUACCGUCUACGAGAUUCUACGUUAUUCUAUUGAAAAUCAGCUCAUUUGGCGACUUGUUGGCGUUUGUUGAAAAACAAAUGGGUUUUAACCCUCUCAUGACUCUAACUUUUGAGUCUGCGGACGGAAACCUAUGAUGUGACCAUUCAAAUGAAAGCUCCCUGCCUGUACUUACACGUGGUGCUAUUUGUUUUUCAAACGUUCAGAAAAUGAAAUUUGGACAUUUGGUUGAAAUUUGCCUUUGGCUAAAGUUUGACAGUGAAAGGGUUUAGUCGAUAGGUUCUUGCUCUUGGUUCUGUUCUUGUUCUUAGGCCAAAUCAAGAGAGAAGAAUGGGAGACAGUGGCGGAUCCAUACUUUCAGAUUAGGGGGGAGGGGCGGUCAUCCAGACCCUGAGAUAAGGGGUACUGUACAGUACCGCAAAUGAUCUCCAACCGCAAAUGAUCCCGAGACCGCAAAUGAUCCCCAAAAUGGACCGCAAAUGAUCCUCGACCGCAAGUGAUCCCCAAAGUCGACCGCAAAUGAUCCCGAAAGAAAAAUAGGAAUGGCUUGGACUCAAGUUUGCGGAUCAUUGUGUAAAUUUUAUUAUUAUUAUUACAAAAAGUAACAUUAAAAGCGAAAUUUUGCUUCCCAAAUAAUUACAUAAAUAAAAACUAAAUGAAAAUAUUUCUUUCAAAUAAAAGCAAACAAAAAAUAAACUUUCAACAUACCGUUAUUAAAAGUUCAUUAAAUCAAAGAAACACAGCUGAAACGCAUCGCAGUGUCUUGUUUAGUAACUAUUUCAAAAUUAAGCUUAAAACAGUAGACUUUAACGUACUGUAGUUAACUUCCAAAUGGAUAAGAACUUUCUCAUAAUCAGUUAAUCGGCUAAACUUACUAUCAACUUUUGAAAAUAAUAAUUUUUGUCACAGUGAAUGUGAUCGUUCAUUGCUUUGAUGGUGUUUGAGGGAGCCUUCCCAUUCUAGUAAGCUGGUCACGGUAGUUAUCGCGUGACAAAACAUCGUAGGAACCGUCACAUUCACGGACUAAAAGAAAGUCGCUUAUGAUUGUUCGGAUCCAUGAGGCACUUUAAAGAAAAUUAAACAACCUAAAACCCUUAUUUAGCCGGAAUGAGAAGCAUUGCAUUUCAAAAGAGGUCAAAGAAGUGCUCUUGCAUUAAAGGACAAAUCCAGCAAAUCAUGCCGACCACAAACAACAAUAACCGCAGAAAAUGCGUGUCAUGACCUCUCAGUAUGAAAUAAGCGGCAAAAAUCACAUUUGCUCAGUCAAAACGUUUUCCUUCAGGUAUAAUCUACCCGCCAGAGAAAAAAAUUCAUUGGAACAAGCAGCAUUUUGGCAUGAGCUAAAAGUCGUGUGUUGCCUACCGACUUCGUUUUACACUUGAAUGAUUUUUUUCAUUUAGUUUUUAUUCAUGAAUAUACGUAUUUAUUUAAGAACUGAAAUUUAGCGUUUAAUCUUACUUUUUGUAUUAAUAAUAAAAUUGCCACGACGAUCCGCUAACUCGAGUCUAAGCCAUUCCUAUUUUUCUUUCGGGAUCAUUUGCGGUCGACUUUGGGGAUCACUUGCGGUCGAGGAUCAUUUGCGGUCCAUUUUGGGGAUCAUUUGCGGUCUCGGGAUCAUUUGCGGUUGGGGAUCAUUUGCGGUACUGUACAACUCUUUUGGUCUAAAAAUAAGGGGGCUGCGGAGCUUUUCCCCCUUCGCCCCCCACCCUUCGUCUUUUUAAGUCUGUUCCUUAUCCCUAAGAAAGGUCUAAUCUGCUAAUAACAAAAACAUUUAAGCACAAAAAGUAACGCGAUAAAAACAUGACGUUUCUGCGACGAUAUGUCACCAUUAUCAAAUGCAAUCCUCUCUGUUCAUUUGCAUUCGCUAUUAAAUGGUGACAUGUCGUCGCCGAAACGUCAUGUGUUUUAAUAGCUUGAAGGCCAAAUCCUCAGGUUAAUUAAGCGGGCAAACACAGACUCUUGUUAGCAUGUGUCCUCUUGAUAGAGAUGUCCGCUUAAAGAUGUAGAAGAGCGUAUGUGAAGAAGAGUUUGGAACUGCGCGGGGCCUGUAUCCGUCUAAUGCGAGGCACUCCUAACAGCGUUUUGCCCGCUCGAGUCUCUUACUGCUUGUUACACGUGACUGAUCUUGCAUGCCUGCUUAAAAAGUUCUGUUUCUAUGGGAAACACAGUCGACUGAUUUCUGCUUCUUCGAACAAAGUAGUCGGUUGCGGUUUUGUCGAUUUUGUCAAGCGAAGUUGAUCUUUAUGGUACAGGAAGCAGUGUGGUUAGCACUAUUUCUUUUCUUUAAUUUUUUGUCCUUAUUGUACCUGUCGGCCUUCAAUUAUUUUGUUUAUCAGCCAUCAGUAUAAUUGCAUUGAUGAUUAUCGAAAAUAGAGCGCUAUGAUUGGCUUUAUCCCGCUACAAUCACUGCGCGAUGAUUAUAACAUUGAAGGCUAGCAGUUCUCAAAGUGGCAGCCAGAUCUGUUAAUGUUUCGGAGUCGGAAAUUGAUCAAUAAUUUUAUUUUCUCGAAUAAUCAUCAAUGUAAUUAUACUAAACAACACUUAUUUCUAGUUUCAAAACAGCGGAAAAUUUAAUGCCUGAGAAACUCGUCUGAAGAAAGCGCUUAAUGAACGUUGAAAAACAUAGUAGUAAAUAUUACCUUUGUGUUUCGGUAACGACAGUUGGCGUACAGUGCAGACCAAAAAUUUGGACCGCCACAAUUUUUUGGAGUAAAUGAGGAUAAGACUGACCAAAUAUAAGAUCGAUCUCAGAUGGAUCUCAUUAAAGCGACCUCAGUAUAAAUGGGACCUAAUUAAAAACAAACUUUACACUUUCCUUGGACUUGCAUUUCCUUGUUCUUUGACAUUUUCUCUGGCAAUUUUUGACGGGUUUUUAAAUCUAUUCUCCAUGUAAAUAAAGCAGGACUGACUUCCGCAUAAUCAAUUCCAAACCAGGCGGUUUACGUUGUAUAAUUUCUUUUGGUAAUCAGCAAAAUAAAAAUGCUUUAAUUGUACACAUGGACUUCUCGUCUAAAAUUAAAUUUGUUUCGUUAAUAUUUGUUUCAUCAACUUAAGGGGGCAUUGUAGAUGAUUUUUUUUUAGGAAAAGAGAGGAGAUUAAAAUUUUUGAAAAAAGGGUUGGAAAUUAAAGGGUUUUCACAUAAACCAGUUAGUUCUCUAACGAGUAAAGUGAUAUCUUGUGGUAGCGAACUAGUGUUUGUCUUUAUCUUCAAAUUCUAAUUUUUCAUCACUUAUACCUGAAUUAAAAUGUCUCCUUCAUAAAUCUUAAACAUUCCCUUACCCCAUUAUUCUUUUUUAGAAACAUUAGCUGUGCUAAGGACACAGUUUAAACCAAUUAAAAGGCUUUUCUAGAUCGAAUUAAAUCUCGGCGAGGAUUAAAAGGAAAAGUACUAAAUUUAAUACACGAAAACCCUGAGACUGUUGACCAACCCUUUUAAUUUCGUCAUAUGACUCUGAAGUUUUGCAUGCCCAACAAGCACUUACUGUUUCUAUGGGAAAAAAAGGUAAUUUAAAAUUGAAAUAUUUUGUUUUACGCACCAUUUGGACCAAGAGGUUCUACAUUCAACAUUCAAUCUCGGCGAUUUUAGUGAAAGGAAGCGUAACUCUUUUGCAUCAGAAAAUUGAAAGGUAUGUUAGCACUAAUUUUUCUUUUAUCUUCGAAGAAAGUCCCCUAAAAAUAUUUGGAACAUGAUGAGAGAAUUAUUCACGUAUCGCAAAUAUAAAUAAAUACAAUUUGGGUGUUUUUAUGAAAUCCUACUAGACACCGAAAUAAUAAAUUUAAGGCGCUUUCCUUCUGAAAACAUAAAUAUCUUUGUUUGGCAAAAUAACAAGUCAUAUGUUUCAAGUUUCGCACUGACAUUUUGUCUAUUCUUUGUCUGGUUGAAAGACGCGUUGCAAGAGAAUUUAGAGCUCAACUGAUUAAUUUAAGUCAUCGAACUUUGUUUGCCCAGCAUUAAAUCGAGUGAUGACAAAUGGCUUUAAUGUUUUAGAGGACUACAAUACAAAUAAAACAAGAUAAAAAAAAUGUUAAAGUACGGCAAUUGUGACGCACGCUGAAACUCGAUUUCAAUAUUAACAUGCACUGGAGAAUCUUGAGCUGGGUGUGUGACGGAGUCUUUUGGUUUCCAAUACGUUUGUUUGAGAUAGUCAGGUUAAGCAAUGUAAAGUGUGGAAAAGUUGCAGUUGAGAGGACAGCACACGUGUUGUCUUUACGUUAUAAAUAGACAGUUAGCCCGCAAGUGAGCAAACAGUAAUACUUGCUGAUAGCUUUUGCGUCUGAUUGUUUCUAUUUGCGAAAAUGGCAAAACACUCAUUACCAUUCUUACUAGAGAUCGAAUAAUACAAAAAUAGCAAAGUGUAAACGUGACAGAGGAUAAAAGCAUCUUAACAACAACAUUCAAGAAAAGAGGAACAAUUUUGAAUUUAAGGCGAAUACUUAUAAAAAUCUAUUUAAUGUCUUUUCCCGACUUAAACUGUACCAUGGUGAGGAAGUUAUCUUGCAUUGCCUGGGCUCUGUCAGAACUCAUAAGGGGUUAUGAGUUUCUGGCUCUGUCUAAUGGCAUAGGAAACAAUUAACAUCAGGAUGGUUAAAUAUGGCUGCAGCAAAUAUACCUAUCGGCCUUAGAUCUUUCAAAGAAUAAAUCAAGUCAAGUUCACAUUAUAAUUCAAAAGAACACCUCAAACAAGUUAAAGGAAAAUUCGCGAAAUAUUUUUAACGUUUUAACGUGAAAUGUAAUCGCCUCCUUUAGGGGCGUGAAUGUAGAAAGUACUUGUAAGUUAUUCAGUGAUGCGUGGAAAGGUCCAACACUAUUACGUCAAUCAACUUUGGAAGGGAUAUCAUGGACCCUGUAAGAGGCUCAGCAUGUCUUGUUUUUCAUGCUUUCUCUUUUAUUAAUACGCUUGUGCGACCCGAGAGGGGGUACUCUCUCUCGGGGAAGCUCCACUCGAAAGGGGUACAGUGUACCUUUUUCAGGCUUCAGGUAUAUGAAAGGGUAGGAAUUUCACGAGUUGAGGUGUGUGAAAGGGUAGGGAAAUAUAGGUAUUUUGAGGGCGCUUAAGUGAUAUGUUCUUAACAAAUUCACCUUAGAUAUAAGGAAAAGAAGACUAAGAGAAAGAGGCACCAUUUUUUAAUAGAAGGUAUAUGGAAGGGGUACCUUUUUUGUCAAAAGUGGUGUAUAAAAGGGUAAGGGGUUGGCCCUGGGGAAAGAGCCUCCCCCUGUAACACUUUGUUGAGUACCCCCUUCUAGGGGGGGGGGGUAACGCUAUUGCAUAUUUUUAAGGCAAAUAACGUUGCCAUGAAUGGCGCGGCAGACGCAAGUUCUAUUUUUAAAAAAACAUGUCUUGCCUCAGCCGCUUAAAAAUAUGCGAUCACUCGCGUGUGUAAAAAAAAGUGUUACCGGUAUAUUAAACUCUAAUAUAAUAGCCCUCUAACAAAUAAUCAAAAGUCAUAGCUGAGGGACAUAAAACAAAAAAAGAUCAAUGAAAUUCACGGAUGAUUAAUUCAUUUUUUUUGUUUUAUUCCGUUCACCCUCUAGGCCGAGAAUGAAUUUUGGUAAUAGGAAACUGGCUUGCCUGCGUGCAGAUGUCUUCUAGGAAAUAGGAGACUGCACGCAGGUAAGAAACUGGUCUGUUGCAUGUAAAUGAAGGUUUCUCUCAUUAUAACUAUUAAAAUAUGUAUUAUCUCGUCUCAUUGUAAUCGAGCUAGAUUAACAUGGAGCAUUUCAUCAAGACUCUAUUGCUGCUGAUUGCUUUAUCGUGGGCCAUGGGGAAACCCGCGCCAGAUGACUGGUCGACAGAAAGGGACUGGGCUGAGGACUGGGAAGAGGAUGACGCGUGGGAUGAUGAGGAAUGGGAUGACGACGAAUGGGACGAUGAGGAGGACAACAACGAAUGGGACGACGGUGAAUAUAACGAAAACGAAUUGGACGAUGAGGUCGAAGAUGAAUCUAACGAAAAUGAACGGGACGAUGAGGUCGAAGAUGAAUCUAACGAAAAUGAAUGGGACGAUGAGGUCAAAGAUGAAUCGGAAGACGACGAAUUGGACAAUGAGGCCGAAGAUGAAGCAUACGAUAACGAGGAGGCCAGGGACGAGUAUUCGGAAGAUGAUGAAGAGCAACAAGACGAAGAAAGCGAUGAAGCUGAGGAUGAUGAACCGAGCGAGGACAAUUUGACAACCAACACUGAUGCUCAAGGUAGUUAUUCUCAUUAACGAUCGCCCCUCUUUCUUUCUUUUAGUGUUGAGAUAAAGUAAUGGCUGAUCACGGCAGUAUCACUCGCCAAGGGUUUCCGUAAUCUUUCCCCGUUCCUUGACUUCGGAAUAACAAUUUGACUGACCAGCUCUGCUAUUUCGUCCACCCACCCCUCCCCUAAUUCAGUCAACCUCAACUUAUUCUCUCGCUUAGUGCAAAAUGUUGGGUCAGGGGAGGGGUAAAUGGGAAGUUUUCCACAAUCUUUUAUUGAUCCAAAAAUGGAUUGAUUAAGAGAAGAGGGACUCCCUACCAUGUCAGUGAUCUAAACAAAUGAUCUUAAUUUGAGAAAAUUAAACUUGAGUUAUUGAUCACGCAAGGAGUGUUUAAACGAUACGGCCUGUCACAGAGAAGUGAAUUAAAAACACCCACUCAGCCAACUUCACUAACUCUUCAAGAACUUCAAAGAAAAAAAUUGUUCUAUUUUCAGUACAAUUGAUUAUUAUUGUUAUCACCGUCAUAAUGAUCAUGAUCAUCACUGUUUUAAUAACUAUUAUGAUUAUGAUGAUAAUAACAAUGAUGAUUAUUUUUUUCACGAUUCAUGUUUGUUCUACUAAAACACAGAACUCGAUGACAAGUUCAAGAGUUUGGAGAGUGCAUUUGAUACUAUGAGAAAAGGUGAGGAUUCCGAUUAGUAAUAAGAAUCAACGUUUUUCUUUUACUUUUGAACUAGUUUUCCCCUCCGUUAAAGCAAAGGAAAUAGAAGACAUCUGCACGAGGCUAGUUUAAUAUACUCUGAAUAAAACCUGUUUUAUUUCAAGCUACGCGGCUUUAAAAGAGUGUGUGUCGAUGAUGUGCAGUUCACUUUGUUAAUAUUGUCAAAUACGCGCCCCGAAUUCGGCAUAGAACUUGACGUUCGCUAAUAUAUUACUGUUAAAUUACAAAAUCACAGCUUUGUGACAAACAAAUAUGUCUUCUGAGCAUUUUGUCAAACGUUACAAACAACAAAAGUGAAGUUUGAGAAACUGUUAGGCUAACAAGUUCUCAAAAUUCGUCAUAAUCUUCCUCAGCGUUGUCCACCUUGCCUUCUUUUGUAUUUGCUGUUUUAUUUGUAUCUUCUUUUAACGUUUUGAGCGGUUAUCUGGUGUUCCUCUCAAUUUGGUGAUACUUCCCACUGUUUGAAUUUUGACAAAAUUCGUAAAACCAGCUCCUCUAAGUUGAGUAAACUAAUACAAUUUAUAAAUUUACUACUGUUCACACGAAAGCCGCGGGACCGGGGCGCUUUUAGUCUUUACGAGAUGUUAACGUCAUUAACUUGUCCUCAGUUGUGUUUUCGUCCCUCCCUUUCUCCUCUGCAGGGAUCCCGCUGGAUAUUCCAGUAAUAAUUAAAAAAAAUAGUAAGCGCGCGGUGGACGAUGGGAGGAGAGAAAGGGCGGGGAACUUCCUUCCUCUCUUUCCCCUUCCCAACGUCCUUCGCGCGCUUUCUUGUUUCCCCUCUUCCCAGCCUCCCUACGAGACCCUUCCGUAACAGGCCUCUGCGGAGGAGAGAACGUUACUCCUGUAAACUGCCCCUACUGCAAGGGGUUUUUCGUAUUCUCGGAAAUGAUCUGAAACUAGAUUGAGGUCGAAGCUAAUGCGGAGAAAUAUCAUUUAAAAUAUUCGGAUGUAAAAAGACUCCCCUGCAUGGGCCUUGACCGAAAAGGAAAAGGAACUGGUCGCAGUCUAAACCUUGUAGAUCAGGGGCCUAUAGAGAGGAGAAGUGUGACGUCACGUUACCAUGGUAGCACUAUUUCUGGAUGACAACAAAACCAACGACGACGGCGACGGCAAGGAGAAAGGCAGAAAAUAAUAUGUUUAUAUUAACAAACAACAGCUUUGCACGUGCAUCACGCUAUUUUGAUCAUUUCUUUGCCGUCGUUGCACCACUACGACAUGAGAAACUUCCUAAUUUCACUAGCCCGCUUUAUGGAGUAAGUGAACACACUACAAAAAUUGUCGCUUUCUUUUUCUAAACUUAGAUAACAAUAGAUACGGUCCCAAAGGAAGUUUCGCCAAGAUUUGCCAAAUUAAAUGAAAUUGAAUGAGAUCGGUAAAGCUUGAAAUAGUGCGAAAAGACUUUAAAGUGACUUUAUCUGUCUGUUGUCAUCCAAAAUUUUUGCUACCGUGGCAACGUGACGUAACGACUUCUAUUAUUUUUGGAUUCAAAAACAAUGGGCACACUUGAAAAUUACUCUUUCAGUUUCACUGUUCAACUUCCUGUUUUACUUUCUUUUUACUUUAAAAGAACUCGAUGAGAUGGAGAGGCAGCUGGAUGAGACUGAGAACUCUGACUGAACAUAAAUCUGGGUUUUAAUUCAUCUGAAACAGUAUUAGCUGCAAUAGGUUAUCUUUAAUUACUUGUAUAAGUAACUUUAAACCUGGAAAUCUCACUAACCCAUUCAAGUUAUACAAUAAAACGAAAAUAAAGAGUAAAAGUUAUUAUCCCCAUCAAAAAAUACUCCUCGAUAUUUUUCCUUUAAAUACUCUGGAUUUUAUCAUGCAAUUUGUUAAUUCGCAAAACAGGGUGUAAUUCACAGGAUUUUAUUCACAGAACAGGGUUAUGUUUUAUUUCGGAAGUUUAAUCACAGGGUUAUAUUCUGCGUUUUUUCUUAGGCUUAAACGGCAGAGUUCUAUUCGUGGCGGGACAGGAUUUUAAUUCGGGGUUUUUGUUCGUAAGGUCGUAGUCACAAAAUAUUCACAGGGUUUAAUUAACAGAACAAGGCUUAAUUCAGAGUUAUAUUUAAAGGGUUUUAUUUUACAGGGUUUUACGUAGAAGAAUUAUUUGGAGAAAGUUAACCAGUUCCCU